AUGGAAAGAAAUGGUAUAUUUACCUUCAAGUUACAACAAAUUAAUGUGAUUUUAUCAACAUUACUCAUCAUCAUAUUAACGUUAACUAAACUUGUACAGACUUCAGGCAACGAUCUAUUAGUCCAGGCUUUCGCUGACAGAUUCACUCAAGCAUCACCAGAAGAUUUAUUGGCCUUAUGGCAUACAGACUGUCACAGACGAUGUCGCUCACAGUUAAUAGAACAUGUUAAUAUUGCUUGUAUAUUUGAUCCUUAUAAAAUAUAUAGAAAGAAGAGAUCUGUCGACAAUCAAAAUGAUUCCAACAAAACAAGAAAUCUGUUUAUUGACAAAAGUCGAGCAACAACAUUCCUAGCCACGAGAGACACAGGCAGAAAGAGAAAGGGCCAUUCAAUUAAGAAGCGAGGAGUAAUGGAAGAAUGUUGUUAUAAUAAGUCUUGUUCUUGGGAGGAAUAUGCCGAAUACUGUCAUUCUCACAAUAGACGUCCCACAAGUCGCACUUCAAUGUGUUAUAGAUGA